UUCGUGGAACAACACUGAAUGUUUACAGUACCGCGGAGGCUUUCAGGAAAAAAAAAAGUACUUUUUAAUAAUUGAAGUUUCAGGGUGUUUUAAAACGCCAGCUUGAAAAUAACAAAAAUGUGAGUGUGUGAGAGGAUAAUAUAUUUUAAUAAUCCAGCUCCUUCAGGCUUUCUUCCUGACGCUUGGGACACAUAUCGGGUCUCUUUCAGAUUAGCACCUACUGUGUUUAUAAAUGUAACGUCAAAAACAACGUGAAAAACUUUCAAAUAACUACAUAUAAAAAAUACGUAAGCAGGUUUAAAACUUUAGCGUGUCAUGUGACAGGGUCAUGUUCUGCGCAUCGAUAUGUGCUUUUAGUUUUAUACUUGAAAACAUUUGUGGGGGUGGGCGUGGGGGUCCCUAGGCUAUUCUUUGGAACAUAGAAGGAUUUCGUAAAUUAUUUUUCUAUAUAUUUUAUCUUUUAGUAUUAUACAAGACAGAAAGUCAGAAACCCGAAUACUUCAACAAAGAAUUAGAAGGCAGUGCAAUUGCGCUACGUACUUAACAUUUGUAACAGCUUGCAAAGAAAGGAAAAACCAAUACGGUUGCGUACAUAUACUUACGACGAUCAACAAGGAAACGCGGAUGAGAAAUAUGUUUAAAGUGAUAUGAAUGUUUGAAAUUCCUGCGGCCCAAGUAGGACGUGCUAUUAUUGCUGGCUUUGCAUAUAUUAUUGGGAGAAGUCAGGAGGGACAUUCAAAUACAGACAGACUGGCAUCUCCGUUUAACGCAAUGGCAUUUAGGACCGGUGUGCUUUUUGUGACGGCUCUAAGUCUACUGCAUACAGAGUCACAUGCACAACCGAAUGUGUGUGGCCAAGCUCCUCUUAACACCAGGAUAGUGGGGGGUCAGGAUGCACCCCCGGGCAAUUGGCCCUGGCAGGCUAAUCUGCUGAAGAAUCUUCAAAAUGGAUAUGAGAUCAUGUGUGGAGGAUCUCUCAUUAACAAUAAGUGGGUGCUCUCUGCUGCCCACUGCUUCUCCAGCACAGAUACAACCAACUGGAGUGUUUUUCUGGGGCGUCAGGAACUGUAUGGUACAAACCCAAAUCAACAAGUCAGAACCCUCAGCCGCAUCGUUCCUCAUCCACUAUACAACAAUUUUCCAAAUGACAAUGACCUCGCUCUGCUGGAGCUCAGCACCACUGUAACUUUUUCCGACUACAUUCAGCCCAUUUGCCUGGCAGCCAGCAACAGCACCUUCUACAAUGGCACUGCGACCUGGGUCACUGGCUGGGGAAAUAUUAAGUAUACUGUGUCCCUCCCCUCUCCUGGCACCCUACAGGAAGUACAGAUACCAAUAGUUGGAAACAAUAAGUGUAAUUGCCUGAAUGGACAGGGCUCCAUCACAGCCAACAUGAUCUGUGCUGGUCUGCUAGCAGGAGGAAAGGACUCGUGUCAGGGAGACUCAGGAGGUCCAAUGGUGGUCAAACAGGGGUCUGUAUGGGUCCAGGCUGGGAUUGUGAGUUUUGGCUAUGAAUGCGCCCAGCCCAAACACCCUGGAGUCUACACUAGGGUGUCUCGUUAUCAGGCCUGGAUCAAUUCCAUCAUCACCACCAACCAACCGGGAUUUGUGACAUUUACAUCCAGUGGGACAAACAGUGACAACAGCACCUCCUGCAGUUCGUCACCAUCCAUUACAUUAGCCCCAAGCACUCCCACCACCUCGACCACCACUGCCAAGCCGGAUGUAUGUGGUCUCGCCCCACUGAACAAUGGCGGCAGUAGCGGGUCGGUAGCAGCAGGGGCGUGGCCCUGGCAGGUCAGCCUGCAGAUGAAUGGGGUCCAAGUCUGUGGGGGCACUCUCAUCACACGGAGAUACGUCAUCAGUGCAGCCCAGUGCUUCAACAGCUCACAGCUCAACAACAGCCAGUGGACAGUGGUUCUUGGUACGAGUAUGUCACUAGCGGUGUCCAACAUCACCCUUAGCAAUCUGCCAGGUAACAACAUUGCUGUGCUCCGCCUGGCUACAAGUGUAACACUGACCAACUACAUCCAACCCCUGUGCCUGGGCUUGGGCAGUGUGGUCUUCCCCAGUGGGUCACAGUGUUGGGUGACAGGAUGGAGAAGCACCCAGAGCGGAGUCCCAAAUAUUCAGCAGCAGAAUACAACUGUGGUAAAUUGUGGGAGCAGCGCAUCUUCCUCAGACAUCUGUAUUACAGCUGUGACGUUGCAGCAGGGUGAUGCAGGUGACCCAUUACUCUGUAAACAGGGGAGCACCUGGUUCCAGGCCGCAGUGAUAACGACCAACACCUCCGGCAGCACCAAAGCCGCCUCUCCGAUAAUGACCUUAUCUAAGGUGUCUCAGUUCACCACUUUCCUUCAGAAUACUGUUAGCAAUCUCUCUACCAGCUCUGCUGCAGCAAUUCACAUCAACACCAUCAUCCCUUUCCUGCUGCUUCUCCUCUCUCUCCUCACCCCACUCUAAUCCAUCACCGUUCUGUCCAUCUGAACCAAAUCUCAGUUAGUAGCCUUAUGAACUCGCAUGCCAAAUGUGACAGAUUAGCUAUUGGUGAUUGUGGUUAUCUUGGAUCUCACAACAGGGGACAUGCAGUAUACAGUGUUCCUUAAUAUGAGAAACAUUCAUACUCAGUUACUUGAAAAUAGAGAGUUCAACUUACUUCGCUGUCAUGUAAAAUGUCUGUAUGUCACCCUAAAUGUAACACAUUUGAAAAUGCAAGAAUGCCUUCAGGAUCCUCUUCUGAAAGAUGUUCUGUGUUGAGAAGCUGUUGCAUCCAUCAAUCAGUCCAUCCAUCAUUCCAGUCAUCAUACUUAUCCUGAGCGAGGUCACAAUGAAAAGCUGUUUCAAUAAUGUCAAAAAUUCCUUGAACGUUGCAGAUUAGUGAUAGUUAGAAAUCACUGCAGUUUUAUCAGUGUUCAGUCAGUACAGCUACAACAUGACUAAUGUGCUCCUGAAAAACCUUGUAUGUACUAAAAUCACGUGUUAAAAUACACAUAUCCGAUGGGAAAAAUAAGGUUAGGGAAUGCGACUCCAAAACUUAGUAAUGAAUGAAUGAAACAAUAAAAAAAAGUAGUACCUGUAACCAAUAAUGUAAUUAUAUGAAUUCUAAAUAAAUAAUACAAAUUCUAUCUA